CCUUGUCGACCCUGGGUCGUUCUCUAAAACAAUAUCUGCGAAACGGCGGUCCUCCUCCCCGAAUGAAUCAAGCAAGAGGGGCUCUCGACCUUAUCGGAUUUAGGCUACCGAAGAGAAAUCAAGCAAGCCAUGCCUCGGUCCACUCGAUCCUGCCUCCCGCUCUUUGGAUCUCCGAUAAACGACAUCGAUCAGGCUACAUGCUGGAUGCGCCACUAGCCAGGGGAAAUCCAACGGGAUGGCGUUGUGGAGUGGUCUUCCCGAUGGCUUGGCUGCCGCAUCCUGGAGACCUGCGACCGUGCUCCUCCGGGAAGGGAGUCGUGUUUCCCAAAACGGACAGACUUGCGAUUUGGACAGUCCACCUCGACCUGCGCCUCAGGAGAUCCCAUCGACCCCAGAUGCAUCUUACACGCCAAGGGACACCUUUUGGGGACGUCUCUUGCUUACUCGAGCUGAUUCGAGAGAUGCGACUGGCCCGGACGUUGGGAGCUAUGGGACGAAGGUGACUUGAUGUGGAAACGCCAACAACGGCCGAGGCGGAGGUUUGCACUAAUCGUCAUCUCAACACCAGCCCAACGGCGUGGGUUGACGUGCAGAAACUCUCUGUAUAAAGGUUGCGGCCAGACCCUUUGACUUUAUUCAUCUCAUCAUCAUCAUCACCACAUCUCAUCUACAACACGCAGCACUCAGCUCGCCAACAUUCCAAGCCCCGGUGGCAGUCAUUCUCUUCCGCGACGCUGUAUCUCAGUCUGCUCUGUGAGCCAUUCUCUUCGACCUUUUCUCAAAUUCAUCACGAUGAAGUUCUCCGCCAUCCUCGCCCUCGCGUCUAUCGCGGCUGCGUUCCCCACGCUUUCCGAGCCCGAGCUUGAUGAGCGUGAUAUUCUUGAAAUCGAGGCUCGCGAUAUCGAAGCACGCCAGCGCGGCCGUGUCGGUUCCACCGCCAAAGAGUUCUCGACUGGCGGCUGCAAAGAUGUUGUCAUGGUCUUUGCUCGUGGUUCCACCGAGAUCGGCAACAUGGGUACCAUUUGCGGUCCUCAAACCGCCAACAACGUCAAAGGCCAAUUCUCGAGCGUGGCCGUUGAGGGAGUCGACUAUGCCGCCGGUCUCUCCACCAACUUCUUGCCUGGCGGCGCUGACCCCGCCGGUGUCGCGGAGAUGAAGAAGAUCAUUGGCGAAGUCAACUCCCAGUGCCCCAACUCCAUGUUGGUCGUCGGCGGCUACAGUCAAGGUGCCGCCGUCACUCACCGCGCUGUCGAGGACUUGCCCCAGGCCCAGAAGGACCAGAUCGUCGCGGCCUUCAUGUUCGGCGACACCCAGAACACCCAGGACAAGGCCCAGAUUCCCAACUUCCCCAAGUCCAAGACCAAGAUCAUCUGCGCCCAGGGCGACGCCGUCUGCAAGGGAACCCUCACCAUCCUGCCGGCUCAUCUGUCCUACGGCAACCAGGCUGGCAACAUGGCCGACUUCAUCAACCAGAAGCUCACUGCAGCUGGCGCGCAGAGGCGCAAGUAG